AUGUCUACUAAACGGCGCUCGAGCGACACAAUUAAGGGGAAAAGUGCUAAGAAGAGUAAAGAGGGUGAAGUCGCUGUUCUUAGCUCGGACCUGGAGGAUGAAGGGAUCCGGAAUGGAAUGAAAGAAGCCUGGAGGAAAAAGACGAGUUUCUCUCACGGCAGCGUGCAGUUGGACUGUGAGCCGUUUCCUCACUGUAAAAUCAGGAAUUUUGUUCAGAACGAGAGUUUCGUGGAGAAUCUGAGAGAUGAACUCCUGCGGCUCAACUUCCACAGCAAAUCCAACGACCUGUACAAAUUCCAGCAGUCUGAUGAUCUGAAGAAGAGGAAAGAGCAUCACAUUUCUGAAAUAAGGUCACUUCUGUUCCUCCAGUUCCGCUCGUGGCUGUCUGACAUGUUAGGAGUGGACUUACAGCCGACCGUUGAUAUUUCCUGUGCUAAAUACGAGCACACAGACGUCUUGCUGUGUCACGAUGAUGAACUCGAAGGCCGGAGAAUCGCUUUCAUCUUGUACUUGGUGCCUCCGUGGGACCUGAGUGACGGAGGAACGUUAGAUUUGUACAGCACAGAUGAACAUUAUGAGCCGGUGAGCAUAGUGAAGUCUCUGCUGCCCUGCUGGAACACUUUGUUGUUUUUUGAAGUCUCUCCUGUUUCCUUCCAUCAGGUGUCUGAGGUUCUGACUGAUGAAAAGUGUCGCUUGUCUCUGAGUGGCUGGUUUCACGGCCCGUCCCUGCAGAGACCCCGGCGCUACACUGAACCCGCAGUGCCACGUCACACACACGUCCUCAGCGAUGAGUCAGUGUUAUUUGAGUGGGUGAAUGAGAUGUACAUGGAUCCUCUGUAUCAGGCUCAGGUGCAGCAGGAGUUCGAGGACACUUCAGAAAUCCGCUUGGCGAACUUCCUCCAGGAGGAGAAAUAUAAGCAGGUAAUCGAGGCGUUACGAUUGGCUGAAAUCCAGUGGGAGAGGAGAGGACCACCCAAUAAGAGGUGUUAUGCCCGAGCACAGCUGCAGAAUUUGCCUUCCUGUCUAAAGGAAUGCUGGGAUCUGCUCUCGUCUGAGGCGUUCUUCCUCCUUCUGUCCAACCUGACGGGGCUGAGCCUGCACGCUCUCGCUGCCGGAGACGACGAGAGCGACAGCGAAGGGCAGGAUGGAGAGAGCGAGGGGAGGGAUGGACCGAGCCAGGGGAGGGAUGGAGAGAGCGAGGGGAGGGAUAGACGGAGUGAGGGGCGGGAUGGAGAGAGCGAGGGGAGGGAUGGACAGAGCGAGGGGCGGGAUGGAGAGAGCGAGGGGCGGGAUGGACAGAGCGAGGAGAGGGAUGGACCGAGCCAGGGGAGGGAUGGAGAGAGCGAGGGGAGGGAUGGAGAGAGCGAGGGGAGGGAUGGAGAGAGCGAGGGGCGGGAUGGACAGAGCGAGGAGAGGGAUGGAGAGAGCGAGGAGAGGGAUGGACAGAGCGAGGAGAGGGAUGGACAGAGCGAGGAGAGGGAUGGAGAGAGAAACACAGACAAUGGAGAGAACGAGAGAAAUGAUCCAGAUGGUCAGGGCCCCUGUAGCACUUCUUCAUCACCGGAGAAAAAAAACAAAGGUCCUCCUGUGUGUGUUGGUGAGCUCCGUCGUUGGUCUCAUGGUGAUUACACUCUGCUGCACGACUCUGUAAAAAGAGAGUUUGCACUGGACCUGCUUCUCCAUUUGGGCUGUACAGGGUGGAAGGCGGAGUUUGGAGGAUUUACGACGUACAUCGCGCAUGACGAAGACGAAGAGCUCCUGACCGUGUACCCUGAGGAGAACUCUUUGGCGUUAGUGUACCGAGACAAAGAAACUCUCAAAUUCGUCAAACACAUCAAUCACAACAGCGUUGUUCAGGAGCGAGAGGACGCUCUCACACACUUUUACGAUUUCUCUUUCACCUACUACGAAUAAACACGACCACAUGGACAACAAAGACUUUAAUCAAUACUUUAUACAUCAACGAAGACAUGUUACUGUGUAAUAAAAGUGCAAAAGUUUGCACCCCCCCCGUUGUUUUGUGGGUGAAUAAAUAAUAAACCGUGCCUCUGUUAUACAGUUUAUAAACAACAAUAAACAUUCAUAUUGUUUCAUUCA